UUCACCAGCAGAAAUGUGGAAAAACCAGUUCUGUGGUUAGUUGCUGCACUUCCCUCCACGCCCAUGGGGCAGGUCUCCUCCUCCUCAGUCCUCACGCACAGUCUGGGUGCACUUCAGCCUCCAGCCUCUUUGCCCCUGCCUGUGCUCAGCCGGCUCAGGUGCACGACAGGCCUCUCCGCCCUUUCCAUUUACCCUUAAUCUUCCUCUUUUCCCUCUGGCUGCCGGAGCUUGUCUCUCUGGUGGCUCCUUCUCUCCUGGAUAACGCAGUGGGUUGGCCUGCAGGUGCAUAAGGUGAAGGCAGCUGCCCUCCUGGCCCUGUCCUGUCCUGCCUGGAGGGAUACCGUUCCGAGGUGAUGGCUGGAGGGAACGAGCGGGACAUGAAGGCCCUGAAGGAAGUGUGGAAAAGAGCAGAGAACUCUUUGUGUGCGGAUUGCGGGAAGCCAGAUCCUGACUGGGCAUCCUCUACUUUGGGUGUGUUUAUAUGCCUCAGCUGUUCAGGAAUUCACCGCAACAUCCCUAGCAUCAGCAAAGUCAAAUCCCUGAAGAUGGACUACUGGGAUGCUGCUCAGGUGCAGUUUCUGUCCAAGCAUGGGAAUGCUGUGACUAAAGCCAUCUAUGAAGCUCACAUGCCUAUUUACUAUUACCAGCCAACCUACAAUGACUGCCAAGUGCUGAGAGAACAGUGGAUACGGGCCAAAUAUGAACGUAAAGAAUUCACUGAGCCGGGAAAACAGCUGCCAUAUUUUGAUGGGGUGAAGGAAGGCAUCCUUUGGAAGCGUGGUCGAGACAACGGACAGUUCCUACCCCGCAAGUUCCUGUUGUCUGAGAGAGAGGGAUGUCUGAAGUAUUUCACCAAGCAGGAUGCUAAAGAACCCAAAAUCAACGUUAAAAUAGAUGUCAUCAAUGCUACAUUCCAGCCAGAGAAGAUUGGGAACCCCAAUGGCCUGCAGAUCACCUACCUCAAAGACAAUAAGACCCGGAAUAUAUUUGUCUACCAUGAAAGUGGAAAGGAGGUGGUGGACUGGUUCAACGCCAUCCGCUCUGUGCAGUUCCAUUACCUGAAGGUAGCAUUUCCCAUUGCCAGCGAUAAUGAGAUUAAAAAUCGUCUCACGAGAAACUUCUUGAAGGAGGGAUACAUGGAGAAGACUGGUCCCAAGCAGAGAGAGGCUUUUAAGAAGCGCUGGUUCACGCUGGAUCACCGCAGGCUCAUGUACUUCAAGGAUCCUUUGGACGCGUUUGCUAAGGGUGAGGUAUUUGUGGGCAGUGGAGAGAAUGGAUAUAGUGUCCAGAAGGGAUUGCCUUCAGGGACACAGGGCAACUUCUCUUGGCACUACGGCAUCACCAUUGUCACCCCUGACCGGGAAUACCUCUUCACCUGCGAGACAGAGACUGACCAGCUGGAGUGGAUCAGAGCCUUCACUAGUGUCAUCAACCAGGCCAUGACACCACAGGAAUAUGCAAUUGAAGCCUACUUCAAGUUUAAAUCCUAGGAAGCCAUGCAGGAAUCUCACUGUGACUGAACUCUACCUGGUCCUAUUGGGUGGCUGUCAGGACAGGAGAGGAGAUGGACAUCAGAGAAACAGUGCUCUUGGAGCACCCUUUGGAGCACUUUUGCCCUCAUAGAAUAUCCACUUUUUUUUGAGGGCCCGAUUAAGCUGCUUCUUUUUGAGUGCAAGAUUUUGUGCAUCUGAAUCCUCAGUAGAACCUGUCCCUGUUAAAUUGCUGUCAUCUGACUGGAUGCUGACAGGUCUUGCCUGUCAGUUGGGCCUUGAAAACUUUGGCACUUACUAUGUUGGACGUGAGACCCAGCAUCACUUGUGCAUGAACCCGCAGCCAGCCACCCACCUUACACGAGACGAGAGCUGCCUGGCUGGAGCCAGGCACCACAGCGAGAUACAGGGGCUGCUGGACUAAAAGAGCCUGUUCCUUUACAAGAAAUAUCAUACCUGAUGGUGACAGAGAUGUGAAACAUCUAGAUAUUUGAUCAGCUAGUGCAGUGGUUGAGAAAGGUCACUUAAAAGAUGUAACCUAACAACCAAAUGUGAGGCUUGUUUUCUUCUGCCAUGUAUGGGCUUGAAAGCUUCUUCAGAUGACAUUUGUGUGCAGAUCUUCCUCCAA